AUGUCAAGUAGAAGAAGAGCAUAUCCACAACCUCAAUACGCUGCUGCUCCUCCAGUGGCUGAUCCUUCACAGUAUCAGCAAUCUCCUUAUGGGGCACCAGCCGUUCCAGCGGUGGGGGGUGCUGCGGCAGGAGUUCCCGCUCCGGUGGCACCAACAUAUGGUGUUGAUCAACUAAAUCAAGGUUUCCAAAAUAUGAAUGUUGGCCAACCAUCAACUGCUUCUCCAUAUCAACAACCUUAUAAUGCUUAUCCACAACAAGUUCCUCAACAACCCGCAGCACCACAACAGCCAUAUGAUCCAUACCAACAAGCACAAGCAGGUUUAGCCGCCUCGGGGGCCACUCCUUAUGCACCACAAUACUCUGCUGGUGGUGCAGUUGGGGGGAUUCCUUCUCCAGGUACUUCUGCGUAUGGCCAACCUCCUUUGAAUCAAUUAUAUACUACUGAUUUAUUAAGAGAAUUGCCACCUCCAAUCAGUGACUUAUCAUUACCACCACCACCCAUCAUAUUACCACCAAAUGCUGCAGUAGUCCCUACUUCAGAAGAUUCAAAUGCUAAUCCAGAAUACUUUAGAUCUACUCUUAAUGUGAUACCAAAUAAUCACUCUUUAUUGAAGAAAACUAAAUUGCCUUUGGCUUUAGUAGUUAGACCUUAUGGUGAUUUACAUAUUGAUUCAGAAAAUAUCCCAGUUGCUUCCGAUACUUUGAUUGCUAGAUGUCGUCGUUGUCGUGGUUAUAUCAAUCCUUUCAUCACUUUAACUGAACAAGGAAGACGUUGGAGAUGUAAUUUCUGUAAUUUACAAAAUGAUAUUCCAAGUGGAUUUGAAUAUGAUGCUAUGCACAAUCCAAAAAAUAAAUUCGAAAGACCUGAAUUAAAUCAUGCAGUUGUUGAAUUCAUUGCUCCUAAAGAAUACAUGGCUAGAGCCCCUCAACCAGUGGUUUUCACUUUUAUUAUUGAUGUUUCUGCUGAUGCAGUUUCAAGUGGAUUAACUUCUACUAUUACCAGAACUAUUUUAGAAAGUUUAGAUCGUAUCCCAAAUGAUAAAAAAACUACUAAAGUUGCCUUUAUUGGGGUUGAUUCUAAUUUACAUUUCUUUAGAUUUAAUGAAGGCUUGGAUGGUAUUGAAUCUUUGAUUGUUUCAGAUAUUGAUGAACCUUUCCUUCCUUCUCCUGAAGGUUUAUUAGUUAAUUUAGAUGAAAAUAGACCGGCUAUUGAAAAAUUAUUAAUCGAUUUCCCAACUUUCUUCGAAGGUACCGCUAAUGUUAAUUUUGCUCUUGGUCCCGCUUUAAAAGCUGGUCAUAAAAUGAUUUCAAGUAUUGGUGGUAAAUUAAUUUGUUUUGCUGCUACUUUACCUAAUUUAGGUGAAGGUAAGUUAUCAAUUAGAGAUGAAUCUCAAUCUGGUAAACAAAAAGAAUCUCAAGUUUUAUUAAAUGCUGCUGAUAAAUUUUAUAAAAGUUUUGCGGUUGAUUGUAAUUCUGUUCAAGUUACUGUUGAUUUAUUCUUAACUGCUACCAAAUAUCAAGAUGUUGCUACUUUAUCUAACUUGCCUCGUUUUACUGCUGGUCAAACUCAUUACUAUCCUGCUUGGACUUGUGCUAAAGCUGAAGAUGUUACUAAAUUAUCAAGAGAAGUUAGUGAACAUUUAUCAAUGGAUAUCGCUUUAGAAGCCGUUUUAAGAUGUAGGGGUUCUACUGGUCUUAGAAUGAGUUCAUUUUAUGGUAAUUUCUUCAAUAGAUCUUCUGAUUUAUGUUCUUUCCCAUCUUUCCCAAGAGAUCAAAGUUAUACUAUCGAAGUUUCAAUCGAAGAAACCUUAACUAAACCAGUAGUUUAUUUCCAAGCUGCUGUUUUACAUUCUACUUGUUUCGGUGAAAGAAGAAUUAGAGUUAUGAACAUGGCUAUUCCAACUUCCUCUAAAAUAGAUGACAUUUAUGCAUCUGCUGAUCAAUUAGCAAUUGCUAAUUUCUUUACUCAUAGAGCUGUGGAAAAAGCUUUAUCUUCAUCUAUACCAGAUGCAAGAGAAUUACUCGUCAAAUCAGUUACUGAUGUCUUGAAUGUAUUCAAAAAGGAAUUAAUUUCUGGUAACGUAUCGGGUUCUUCUCCAUUACAAAUUUCAACUAAUUUAAGAAUGUUACCAUUGUUAUUAUUCUCCUUAACCAAACAUUUAGGGUUAAGAAAUGAAAAAGUUCCAUCUGAUCAUAGAGCCGCCGCUUUAAAUAAUUUAGCAUCAUUACCAAUUCCUCAUUUGAUCAAAUAUAUUUACCCAGCAGUCUACUCUUUACAUAACAUGCCAGAUGAAUGUGGAUUACCGGAACAAAUUGUUCAAGUUAAUGAAGAAACUGGUGAAGAAGAAACCAUUAGUACCACUGAAAUAUUAUUGCCUGAACCUAUUAACAAUUCAAAAGAAUCUUGGGAAAACUAUGGUUUAUACUUGAUUGAUAAUUCAAGUGAGUUAUUCUUAUGGGUUUCUGGUGAUGUUGUUCCUGAAUUGGUUCAAGAUUUAUUUGGUGCAAACAGCUUAUAUGAAAUUCCAACUGGUAAAACUGAAUUACCAGAAUUUUCAAUCGAAGAAUCAGAAUUUAAUUAUAAAGUUCGUCAAAUCAUUGGUAAAAUUAGAGAACAAAGAGAUUCUAUCACGUGGAAGAAUUUAUACGUUGUUUAUGGUGGUUCAUCUAACGAACCAAUUGAUAUCUCUCAACAACGUGACUUAAUGGCAUUGAGAUUAUGGGCAUUAAGUUGCUUGGUCGAAGACAAGUCUCAUACUGAAAUUGGCUAUAGAGAAUUUUUAUCUCAAUUAAAGAGUAGAGUUGCCGUUUAA